AAAUUCCCUUCGCUCUUUCAUGAAUCCGUAGAUUUUCACUACGGUUUCUCCUACCCCCCAUAUCGAGCUUGAUCAGGGAUUCUCUCUGUAUUCUGCUGUCUGCUCUUACUUGUUUCUCGGUUAGGGAUCACUUUAUCAAAACAAUGCAGAGAGGCAGAGGUGGCCGUGAUCCUUUCUUUGACUUUGGUAGCCCUUUUGGUGAUUUUGGGAGCCCUUUUGGUGAUUUUGGAAGCUUUGGACCUCCUGGCAGUCUAUUGUCAAACUUCUUUGGGGACAGGAAUCCGUUUGAUGACCCCUUCUUUACCCGCCCAUUUGGAGGCAUGCUUGAGUCUAGUAUCUUUGGUCCCCCUAGAGAUCUAUUUCCAAAUAUGCAUCCAUCUGGAUAUCUUGAACAUCAAGCCCCAGCGUCUAGAAGUUCACGGGGGCCAGUUAUUGAGGAAUUAGACGCUGAUGAUGAAAAAGAAGAUUCAGAGCAGUCAAAGGGAAAAAGGCCAAGAAAUAGUCAGCCAGGCGACAAACCACUUGUUAUGCAUCCUGAUGACGAAGAUGAAGGAAAUAGAAGGAAAUAUCUGCAGUCUAGAAACGAGUUCAACAGAUUCAAUGAUAUUGGCUCUCAGCCUCAAGGUCCUCAAGGUCAUAGCUUCUGCUUUCAGAGCUCGUCAGUCAGCUAUGGUGGCCCGAAUGGAGCAUAUUAUACCUCAUCCAGGACAAGGAGGACAGGGAGUGAUGGAGUGUCCUUUGAAGAGAGCAAGGAGGCUAAUAGUGCCACAAGAGAAGCUUCUCACAGAAUUUCUAGAGGUCUUCAUAAUAAGGGACAUUCAUUGAAUAGAAAACUUAAUUCUGAUGGAAAUGUAGAAUCUAUGCAGACCCUGCACAAUUUAAAUGAAGAUGAGCUUUCUGGCUUUGAGGAAGCGUGGCAAGGAAAGGCUCAAAAGUAUUUACCGGGAUGGGCAGGGAAUGUUGGAGCUGGCUGUAGCAGGCAAAUUGAGCAGGGCGGGCAGGGAGGGUGGGCGCUUCCCUCAACGGAAGGUGCUAAUCGUAUGGGAACAAUGCCUGAAUUCAGAGAAAAAGCAGGCUCUUCUGGGACUAAGGAGCGGAGGAGGACAGACAAAGCAAAUCAUCGACGUGCUAGGGGCUGAACUUUAGGAAGCUUUGUGCCUGCCUGCCUUUGCUUCUACACAUAUUUUUCUGUUUUCAUCGUCCUAUCGGUCCCAAAAUCAUUGGCUUUAAGCUGCGCUUGUGGAUUUUGUCCAUUUGUGCAUGGAGAUAAACAUAUGCAGCUGGUAUCUUUAGUAUUAUAUGGGAUUAUAUGAUAAUGAGAAAAUAGGGUUCACGUUUGCCGCCUGUUCUGCUGCGUGGGGUAGUGUCCUUGUCCUUUUUCGAUGGAGUUGUGUGGCACAAUGCUGUUGUCCCAACCUUAAGAUUGAAGCUAUUAUUUCACAUCUGUUUGGAGCACGCACAUUCAGGUCAAUUGAGAUAAAAUUUUCUGAUAU